UAUCUGUGUGGUCGAUGAUUGUCGUUUUUAACAAUUUGUGAUGGAGAACGGAAUUAAUGAAAUCCCUGUAUCAUAAAUACCACUUCUGAAAACCGUCAUAAAUUUAAACAGAUAACAAUAAAGGAAAAAAGUGAAAUAAUUGACGUUAAAUAUGAACUUGAUAAAAGGUUUUGGGUUAAAUCGAAUAAAUGCAGACCACAACGAAGAUAUUUUGUAACUACAAAGUUACGAGAAAAAUCUGCAAUCACAGCAAAAUUGUGACAUCGUCCUCAAGGUUUAGUCGUGGAAACUUUUGAGGGUGUGUUGGUUCUUGUUUCGACGUUUUGCAAAUAAAACUAAAAACUUUCGAUUUCACACUUGAUUAAUGUCUUUAAUUCUUAUUUUAAUGUAUUGAAGCGAUCCAUUACAAGUAAAAGUUGUCUCAUCACUUUUCAUUUUUUCUGUCCGAUAAAAUUCCCACAAUUUCGCGCAAUCAAAAAACUACUUACAUGGCACAGAAAUUUCUGUUUUCUCACAAAUUACAUCAAAAUCAGAUUCCAAAAGUCGUGAAACUACUCUGUAAUUAUAUUUCACUUUACCAUUUGAUAAAUCCUAGCUUUCGCUAGAAUUUUGUCUUUUUUAUAUAUCCCGAUGGCCAGUAACCUCAGCUAAUUUACACUUAAACCAUAACUGUUUUUAUCACAAAGACUUUAUUAUGCUCGUUAUGCUUAUGCUACUUUCUCAUAACAGUCCAGACUUUUAAAUUACAAUUAAUUAAAACAGUGCUUUCGUACAAGUCUGGAAACUGCUUAGAAGCUUAUCUUGUGGUUAUUGAAUCAUUAUUAUUAUCACUCAAGGACCCACUUUCACGUAAGUAAACUAUUCUUAGUGGACUCUAAUCGAUCCAAUGAUUCAUGCUAACGUUCGAAAAAGUGCCGCAAUUCUUUUAAAUGAGAUUCUUUGCUCUGAAACAUUACCAUUCUUCAGCGGUAUGGGGAGUGCCUGCUGAGGCUGCACCGUUUAUUGAAUACCAAAGCAUUUGCGGUGAACAACUAAUCGAAAUUUCCAUUGCGACACCGCUAAAGUGGAACAAGAAAAAAAAUUCUGUUUGAAAUUCCCCAAAACUAAGCUUUUUCAAUAGGUGUUAGGUCGGUCAGCUUUGGUGGCAUUGCACUUCCUGGCCCACUUGAUGUAAAGUGUCUCACAUUCCGCAGUUCAGGAAGUGUAAAAUUAUAUAAUUGGCGUGUGUACAGACCCGUAUGCAAUAUCUUAUGGAAAAUUGAUUCGAUUCUUGCGGAAUCACUUUCAUUGCAUCUGAUGAAAGUUACAUGAUCCAUAGAAUUUUCUGUGACGCAAGAAAAAAAAAACAAUUAUGAGAACGUCACUAAAAGUACAAGAGGUUUAGCCUUCCAAAAGACACGCAAUUGCAACAGCAUUUUAAUUAGCGAUUUUAAGCAAUGUCAACAAACUGUUUGGUUUGCAAGCGUCGGCGGUUUACGGUUUUAUUGUAAAUAAAAUAUUAAUGUUUAACAUUUUUGCUUCGCAAUGGUGGAUUUGUCGAGCAUGAAACUUAUUAUAUGGGAUUAUAAAAUACUGUUAAGUGGACAUUGCGUCACAUUUCUUCGGGGCCAAGAGACCACCAGCUGAUUGAUAGCCUUCAAGGUCUUUUUUUUUCAUUCUAGAUAACAUUUUUUUCAAAAAACUAAGUUUUUGUCAAAAGAGCAGAAACUCAAUAACACGACUAUAACGAGAAAAAAAUACAAUAGUAGGUAACUACUGUCUCACCUUGUACGUUAUCAUAUUUUUGCCCGACGUGGUAACACUCGAAUCACCGUAAAACUGCAAAUCUAGCACCAGCACGAGUCAAACACUUGAAAAAAAUUAUUGCCGCAUUAAUAUCAAUUGAUGUGUGUCUCAUUAAACCGGAUACACUUCAAUAAAACAGUUAAUAGCAUAUUUCGCGCGUCGACCACUCAACGACUGAAAUGUUAUACUGUUGUUUGACAUUUACUCGUUUCUCUUCGGGGAACGACGGCAUACUCAGCCACCGGCCGACUUAACAUUCCUCAGGUGUAUCAAAGUGAGGGGAUAGGAGGCACGUAGGUGGCAAAUUUUUUCGAAAAUUGGUCACGUGGCGCCGAUCAUCAAUCUCGGACUGUAACGGAAUUUCGUCUUUGUUUGUCUCAAAUGCUCAACACCUGCUUUAAGAGUGUGAAUGGUCAAGUCAAGGACAGGAAUGGAGGUUUACGACGGGAAACAAUAACUCCUUUUUGCCUUUUUCGUAACGGGCGCCAAUAUCGAUCGCAUGGUAGCCUAGCAAUUCUUAGCACAAACACGUGUUACGGUUCAAAAUGAGCAGAGGCGAAUUGAACAUUUCGCGUUGGUUAGAGGCCCAUUCGGAUCGCAGCGCUGGCCUUAAUACCUUUGCAAGAAGUGCCAUCCUGGCCGAUGUUUGCGGCGAUGGUGACUUUCGGCUGGUCCUCACUGAUGUUAAGUUUGAGGCUGAUAAGAGAAGUCGGCUUAAGGUCUAUAAAGGGACUCUACUGACAUCAGAUCAGGUCCUUCCAGACAUUCCUAGUUCUCUCAUUAGUUUCUAUUCGGAUGAAUUGGAACCAAGAGUACCAUCGAUAGCAGUAGCUUGCGGUUCGGACCUCCUCAUUUACAAGAAUAGUAAACCUUUUUACAAAUUUUGCGUCCCACCAAGUCCCAUUACUCCAUUAGAGGAGGAAACGUGGAAACGUUUCGGAGAACCCAACUGCGACUUUGAUAAAGUCAUAAAUGACUUAAAAUCGGUCAAAUUCAACCAACUGAGUGCCCGCAGUCAAGAACUAUUGUCCCUCUCUCCCGACCAAAUUCAGGAAUACAUCACAAGAUUCACCGGAUUGACUCCGUUGAAAAUCUCACCAAUAGUUUGCAUGACAACUCUGAACCGAUUCAGUGAGGACAAAUAUGCAAUCGCUUGUCCCGUAUUAUGCACCGAAAACGGCAUUAUUUACAUUUUGGACUCCCAAACUUUCACAGUUUUGCAUCAAGCUGAUGUCUGUAGUGUGAAAACGACUCCUGCUAUUAUUAAAACAACAGGAAUGUUCGAUGUUGAGUAUCGCAUUGUUAUAGCUUGUCGCGAAAACAGUAUUUGUAUUCUUCGUCGAGGUUGGUUGGAGGGCAAGUCGUUGAUACAAAUGACUGAAGAUAUCGUUGAUAUGGUUUUGGUUCCGGGUGAUAAUUUUAUAGUUGUCGCUACAGCGAGCAAAUUUUUGCAUUGUUACACCAAAAGGGGCCAAAGGGUUUGGUCGGCUUCUAUGUUUAGUCAAGUCACUUGUCUUUGCCUUGUCCCUUUGAAGCACUUGAGCACUCAUUUGAUUGCAGUGGGUUUAAAGGGGGGCUCAGUCCAUUUGUACCAUGGACGACAACCUGUCGAUUAUACCAACUCACCUGACUCUCCCUCGGCUCUAGUUUUCGGCCAAUUGGGUCAAGAAGAACACGUUAUGGUCAUAAUUACUAUGGCGGGGACUAUUAAUUUUAAAAUACUAAAACGCACUGCUGAUUUUAAUUUAUCGAAUCAGGAUAAGCUCGCUGCUCCAACUUUGCAAACCAAGCCGUUGCCACUUCCGAAAAGAAGUAAAUUAUUUAUAGAACAAAGCAUGAGGGAGAGGCAGAAUCCGAUCGAAAUGCAUCAGAGUUUUCAGGAGGAUUUGGUCAGGUUGAGACUGACUGCAGCCAGGGCUUUGGUACAAAGUCUGAGUGACCAAUCUGGGGCGGGAAAUGCCCAAGAAGAGAUUAAAUUGUCGGCACAAGUCUUAGGAUUAGGGCCGAAGUUUACUUUAAUCUUAACAUUAGAAAAUAUGAAUGCCGAAAAACCGAUUUAUAAUUUUUUAGUAGUGUUUCAUGCCAAACCCACUAUUUACAAAUUAUCAACAUAUGUGAUUUUUGUGCCACUAAUUCCGCCCGGUCUGUCGUAUAAAAUAGAGACAAAAGUGACUGAAGUUUUGACAAAUGGGGGGAGUCCCCAACAACCACAAGCUAUCCGAGUUUUUGUCAUGAGAAAAGAACAAGCUAAUCCUGUCCUUGCCGCUAGUAUUAACAUGCCACCGACAGAUACUACUGGUUUGCUAAUUUAAACUUUUGAAUAAAACGUUUUGAUUGACAUUUUGACUGUAAUUACCCCUUAUCUCCUAUAUAAUAAAAAAAACUCUCCUGAAAUUGAAUAAGUCGCAGGAUGUCUCUCGACGAGAAAUUCAAAUCUGCUUGUGAUCAGAUUAGAAAAUUCACAAAACGGCCUUCAGAUUCCGACAUGUUGGAAGUUUACUCUUUGUAUAAACAAGCAACUGUCGGGGACGUCAAUAC